AACUUCAUAUCAUGCAUUGAUUUUCUAUCAAUGACGAUGGGAGCUGUAUUCGGGCAGGACGAUGGCGCUUUCUCUGAGUAUAUAGAUUCCAUCCUUCCGCGUACUUUUGAUGACAAUUGUGCUUGCUGCCGGGAUGAAGAGGAGCACUGCUAUCCGUCUCAUUCUUUUUCUCUCAGUAUCUGACGUGGUUUUUGGCCUCUUUAAUGCCUUUACAUCGUACCCCCUACCCGCAGUUGCCAGUUUCCUCGCCGUAGCGUGUGCCUUGGUGAUGGUAAUCUGGUCAUCCGUGUUGUUGGCAUAUAAUAACAAACCUGCCUCAUCUCACUGUCUUUGUCGCUUCGCAGCCCAUGCGAUCUCGAUGACUGUCUUUGCACCUAUCUGGUUCAUUCUGGCAAUACUCCUCUCUACAAACACUUCGACCAAUUGCGCGGUAGACCUUCGGUUCGAUUACAAUGCGUUCGGCUGUGGCUUCUCGGCCGCGGCAACAGUGGGGGCUUGGUUGUUAUGCGCUGCAACAACUGCUACUUCAAUUUUCCUUUGGCAAAAGGGAAAGAUUGCUGGAUUGGAAGCCAAUGUCACUUCUCUGGACGUCACGAAGGACCUCUUAUAUGUAUAGAUGAUUCUGAUCAAACCCUCCCUAAUGGCAAAGCAGAUGCUGUUCUUUGCCUUGCGACUUCGAAGGGUACACUAUAUGAUAGUCUAUCCUAAUACAGUCAAUCCCUUACA